AUGGAACAAUUGUGGAUAGUUGUCUUGUUAAUUGCCAGUGUACAGGCAUGGACAUAUGAAGGUCAAAAUGAAUGGUCUGAGGAGUAUCCAGCAUGUGGUUCUAAGCGUCGUCAAUCACCCAUUAAAUUCAAUACAAUGGAGGUCUACACCAAAGGCUAUCCACCCUUAAACUACAACAACUACAAAACACCCAGCACCGUGACUAUAACUAACAAUGGUCACACGGCUGAAAUUCAAUAUCCCAACGAUGCCGCCAAACCACAACUAUCCGGUGGUCCACUACCCAAUGGCACCCUCUAUGAAUUCGCAAAUGUACACUUUCAUUGGGGAGCCAAUGAUAGUUUGGGUUCCGAACAUGUCAUCAAUCGUCAACGUUAUGCCGCCGAAGUACAUGCGGUGCACUAUAACACCCGCUAUGGUAGCCUGGAGGAAGCAUUAAAUUAUGGUGAUGGUGUAGCGGUGCUAACCACAUUCUAUCAAGCUAAUCCGGCACAAAAUCUAACCGGUUUACAAGAUGUUAGUGAGGCUCUAACGCUCAUCCAAGCCUAUGAAUCAUCAACAGAAAUUGAAAAUUUUAAAUUGUCAGGACUCUUCGGUGGCAUUGAUAGUUCCAGUCGAAAUUUUUAUUAUACCUAUUUGGGAUCGUUGACAACACCACCCUGUGCCGAGGCUGUUAUUUGGAUAAUUUCGACACGUUCGCUUGAUGUUAAUCCCCAGCAGUUGGUACCAUUUCGUUUGCUAUUGGAUGAAAAUGGCGAGGCCUUGGUGAAUAAUUUCCGUGAACUGCAGAGGAAGAAUGGCAGACGGAUUUAUUUGAAUCGUCCACGUUUGGGAAAAGAUGGAGAUGAAUAA